GGAACAUUGCAAACAGGAACUGCUAAUAGCUAAUUCAGCAUACUGUUAAUGGCUCUGAUUGGCCAAAAAGUCAGUUGUCUACUUGGCCUGUUUCAAAUGUGACCUUCCAUAAAUGGUGAUUUUUACAUACAAACAUACUUUUGUCAUGUUGCAAUUUUCCAUUAGUUUACGCAAUAGCCAUUGCCAGUGGUAAAUAAAAAGAUGGAUUAAGUAGGAUCUCCUGUUGGUGAUUAUUAUACAGUAAGUCUAAAAACUACAAUACAAACAAAACCCUUUCAAUUUCAGAAAAGCAUUAGUGUGUGCUUUUUCCCUUAAAAGACCCUUUCUUCUUAGCCACAGGUUUAUGUCAGCUUUAGAAGCGGGAUGAAUGCUAUUCUGCAAAUAAAAUGGUGGCUAAACUGAAAUGUGGCAGAUUCACCCUCUACAUCUGCAUCUUUAAAAAUAGCCCAUCAUUUCUAUUCAGCCACUGCUAAAUGUUAAUGUAUUGUAUAGCUAGAGGUACAAAAUUAAUUCUCAGUGUUCAGUUUAGCGAAAAGAGGACAGAAUUGUGAGACCUUAUCUUUUGUUUCCAUCCCUUCCUCGUCCUACAUUCCUAACAAAAAGAAAUAAUCCUGUUGAAAUGUGUUUGGUAGCAUGAUGUUCACACUGUGACAAGGCCAUCCAGACAAGCCCCAGCUGCACAGAGGCAAACCUCCCCUGUGAAAGAGCUCAACACUGGCAGCUCUGUCACCUCCAGAAAGGCUGACAAGUGGAGUAAGACCGAUUUACUGAGCCAAUAUUAGUCUUCAUGUCAUACUCAAAUAAUGACAACAAACCAAAAUAUGUUGAAAGCAAAAACCACCUUUAUUUUCAGCAGAUUUAGGCCUCAAUAAACAGUAAUUUGUCAUAAAUGGCAAGGUGUUAAGGAUGUUAUUUGUAAAAAAAAAAAAAAAAAAAAAAAACUUGAAAUAGCGAAAGUAAUCCUCAUAUCUUGCCAUGCAAGAGUUAAAUGUUCAGUGUUUUAUGCAUCCUGCCAUUUUCUGUGAAGAAAAUUCUGCAGCUUGCAUUCAAUUAUUUUAUCGAUGUGAUUACAUUUUUCUGUAUCACUUAUGUCUAUUACAAAUGUUUCUGCCAUAUUGCUGAGACCACACGUGCGUGUUGAUGCAUGUAUUACCGAUGAUAUACAUAGACAGAAGUGCAGUUAGUCCUAAAUGCAACAGUGAUUUUCAGGAUUCAGUAAGCAGAAUUUAAACAAAAAUCUUGUCAGUUUUAUAUGUUAAGAAGCAGUUCUCAAUACCCAACCCUACCUCCGAUAUGAUGGGUGUUUCUUCCUAGUCACAGCUAUUAACCAUGUUUAUUUUUGUUCUUGUGUCAAAUGUUAGAACAGACCAUACCAAAGGAAACAGUCCGACACUCAAACCAUACCACGUCAGAAACAGUUUCUAAGAGGUUGUGAGUGGAGACACUGGCUGUCUCGCGAGAUCUCAGCAGAGAUGUGAUUGGAUCAGUUUUUCAUAAUGUAUUGACAUAGUUAUCAUACGAUGAAUAAUCAGGCUGGUUCAAAGUCAACUCCAUAUCAUUUCACCAUAUGGACCAACCUAAGAACAUAUAGUUGUAUUUUAUAUUGUUUUGGAUAUUUGUCAUGCAAGAAAAGUCAGGGUCAGCAAUGUAGCUAGUGUAACAUUAGCUGCUAACUGUAAAUAAUGCAGGAACACUUAUUGCUCUGACACAGAUAUUACUGUAGCUUGCCAUAUUAUUAGCCACAGCCGGUUGUUGUGUUGGCUGCGGCUGUGAAGCAUGCCGCCUUCAUCUCGUAGCGUGCAGAGCGGGAAAACGUUCACGUCAGCCUCUAAGUUGCGAUUCCAAGUCAGAAAUAUCAGGAAUUUCUGGUAGCUACAGUAUUUCCCACAGAAGUGCCAACAAAAAUUAACACUAACACAAUUAAUUCAGCAAAUUAAAAUGGAGCUGUACACUGUUUAUUCAUAUCUGCUUCCGCUUGCUAACGAACCAUACAAGUAUGUAACAUGAUGAAAAUAGUUAACUUAGGCUUAAUUCUGUUUAUCUGGUGUGGAUACUAAUGAACACUCCCAAGUCCCCCCCCCCCCAAGUUUUUCCAUAUGCGGCAUUAGUUUUGGGGGGUUGGACCUCAAAUGCACUCUAGCAAUGAACACAGUUAGAACAUUUAGAACUUCACUGUACACAAUAUAAUGACUUUUUCUUGGCCAGUAGCGAAGUUUCCAUCCAAAUUUAUCGCAAAUUUUGAACAAAAUUCCAGAAAAUCGGAAAAAGAAAAUGCAAAUUAAUGCAUUUUCAACCACUGUUAUUAUAUAUAUUAUAAAUAUUGAGAGAUGACGUAACUGAAAGAGCACCAGUCAAACUUCAAACGAAUGAAAACAAUAUGGAAAACAUGAUGGAGAUUUGGCAUUUAUGUUUGUUUCAUGAAUUAAUAUAUGCUGCAAUUCUUUGUCUUUCCAUGGAGCAGAAGCUUCAGUGGACAUUUAAGUCACAUGCUUCAUGUAUGUCAUUAUAUAUUUAUAGUUUCAAUUGCACUUUUGCCCAUUUUUUCAUUGAUACAACAACUUUUUCACCUCAGCUGAACAUAAAAACAAUUUUUAGAUUGAAACUGAUUAUGGCAAAGUGACUCUUAAAGGAGCUGCUUCAGAGGUGACUUUUCGGGUCAGGUCAUGGUCUAAAUCCUGUUACUAAUGCUUUAUUGACAAGGAUACAAUUGGCUAUCAGCUGUCUUAAUCCAGAAAUUUGAGUACCAGAGCUGGGCUUCAUAUACCAUUUUCAAAUUUGGAGCCCGAGUCACAAGGACUCUCUGUUGCCUGGUGCAGAAUGGACAACCUGGGCUCUCUUCCAUUCCUCUCUCAGCUUCCCCUUUUCACGCCCGGCCAGAUGAGCGGCUGACCGCCUGCCUUCAUCCCACCGGCUGGUAUUCCCUCAAUGCUCCACAUGUCUUUCAGCCUGCUGAAAAACAUUCAGUUGGCGGGGGGGACCCAUCCCAUAAAAGAGCGGAGAGUGAUGUCAGAGCUGCCUGGACUCGUUUCAGCCGGACCCCUGGCAGGAGCAUGAACGCUGUGCUGCGGUGUGUGGACAUUCUCCAGAGCUGCUCUUAAAAACUGGAUCCCUGUGUCUCUUUUUCCAUGCGGCUCCUUAUAUGUUUUCAAAUUUUCCAGGGUUUUCUCAGAAUGCAGCAGCAAUGGCUCUCCACCUAUGCUGGAAAAUGAGACCUGAAUGGGGAAACUGUGUUUUAAAAAUAUGAAGUAACCCCCUCCACCGCCUCUCCCAGUCAAAUUAAAACACCGUCCACUCACCCUGCCCCUCUACCUCUCACCGCUUUGCCAGCUGUGCAGCCCGAGACCGCUGCCAAAAGAAACACAAGCUUACGUCAACUUCCAAAUAAGGAGCUGCUACUUCACUUUGACCUGAAAGAGAGACACUAAGGGGGGUGUAUGAAAGAGGUGGAGAUAGACAGGGAGAGAGUGUCCCCUCCUCCUCAUUCAUACGCAUAAUAUACUCAGCUACCUGUUUGUUAGCCCAGUGCACGUAGAGUGGAGACUCGAUUACCCCUCUCACUUCACCGUCACUCUCAUUCAUCCUUUCUCUCACUCUCUCUCUCUCCUUCCCUUCACCUCUCUCUGGCUCUCUCUGCUCUCCCUGUUUCCACUCAUUCACAAUCGGAGGACAACACCACCUGCUACCAGAUCUUUAUGUUGAGAAGACAGAAGAAUCAUAUAUUCAACUGAGUCAACUGAGCAUCAAAGUGUGUGGAGAGCAAGACUGGCUGAGUUCUUCAUGAUGGGAUACUUUAGGUCAGCAUGGCAGAGGACUUCCUCCACAGCACAUGACAUAUCACACAGACAUUAUUUGAUGCCGCCGUUCUACAUUUGAUAGCAUCAUUCUGCUGUCAAGCAAUAAAGUUUAAGCAAAACAAGUGAAAAUUAUGAAGCCCGACAGUCAACUAAAGUGGAUAUAAUUUGAUAGAAUUCACUCACAUUAAACCCAUUAUCCAGUUAAUGAUUUGGCUUGAACUCUGUAGCCUGGCACAGGUAGACACAUCCCACUUGUCUACCUGAGGCUGUCCUUCCAUUUUAUGGAGGCCUUGCAUAGUCGCCUGACGAGUGGGGAGCAGUCCGGAGGUCAAGAGCAUUGCCAACCAGAGUCUCCUCACAGAGGCCCACCUAAGUCUCCCUCCCAGCCCCAUCAGCAACAGCAAACUGGCUCCCAGAAGCCCCAUGGCACACAACAGCAACCCAAACAGUCCAGAAGACAGCAUCCUGAACGUAAACGUCUCAGGCACCAGAGGCAAAGCUUUGACUCAGAUACAGCACUGGAACACAAACAUGAGGGAACAAAAGCAACUACAGUUUCUAGUUUGUCACCAGGAGUCCCACCUUCCUCAGCAGGUGGCCCCACCCAGUCUAAACCAGAAACCCAGGAGGGCACCCCAAAACAGAAACGUGAGCGUAAGCCUCAGAGACCAGGCAAAUAUGUCUGCACUUACUGUGGCCGUGCAUGUGCAAAGCCUAGUGUCCUACAGAAACACAUUCGCUCCCACACAGGUGAAAGACCCUAUCCCUGUGCCCCAUGUGGUUUCUCUUUUAAGACCAAGAGUAACCUGUACAAACAUCGCAAAUCGCAUACACACAGGGUGAAGGCAGGUCUGGUAUUUGGGGAGCAGAGAUCUUUAGAGGAGCAAGUCACUGAGUCAGAAGAUGAAACCAGACAGCUAUCAUCAGCAUCUUCCCAUACAGAAAGACAAGGCAGUGAAGCCUCAAUCAAGAGUCAUGAAACAGACAGGGCCACAGAUUGCACUGGAGGAAACAAUGACUCCUACGCAGUGAAAAAGAGACUGGCCCUGCGUCUAAGUAGAGGAAAACAUGGUCCUCGAGACUCAUCUGAUGAAAAGACCUCAUCUCUAAUUUUAGGGAGUAAAGGCAGCACAGAAUCUGGCUAUUUCUCCCGCUCUGAGAGUACUGAGCAGUCACAGGACAGCCCCCCAAACACAAGUGCCAAAAGCUAUGCAGAGAUCAUCCUUGGCAAGUAUGGACGUCUUGGACACCUAGAGAGGAUGUCUCGGCACCAUAACCAGCAGCCCUCUGGUCAGGAGGACAAAAACAUCUCAUUUACAGUCCCCAAGAAGCAGGUCAUUGACCAUAUCACCAAACUCAUCACUAUCAACGAGGCGGUGGUGGACACCAGUAAAAUUGACAGUGUAAAACCAAGGAGAUUCUCACUCUCCAGAAAGAAUAGUUCAGAAUCUCAAAAGAGUUCAUCUAUGAAAGAACCGCUUAUUCAUAGCCCUAAAGCUGGAGAUCUGGGCUAUAAAAACAGUGGCUCCAUCACCAUGGGAGUUCCAUGUGAAAAAUUUCAUCAUCCAUCCUUAAAUGUGGAACAGCCAGCUGGCCAAACAUCCACUGCCCCUCUGGUGAGAAGUCACUCAAUGCCAUCUGCAGCUAGUUCAUUUGAUGCCUCCAGUGGCGGCCCCAGUAAAUUCCGCCUAAGUCAGUCCUUUGAUGAACGACAGCCUUCCGAAACACAGGCAUCCCGUCGCUAUGGGAUGCUAAGACGGCAGCCAGCUAUUGAAAUCCCACUUGGUGCCGAACUUACAAAAGAGGAACAUGAGGUUUCUCAUUCAUUUUACCUUGACAGCGUAACCACUGUGCCUGACCACAAGCAAAGUCAACCUCAGCCAUAUGAGUGUGAGGCCUGUGGCACUGGAUGCAAAGAUUGGGAAGGUUAUAAGAAACAUAAGCAAAGCUUGUGCUUGGCACAUUAUCCCCGAAAUGAGGUGGUAAUUAGUCAUAUGGAGUGCUCACAGUUAAUUAACCAUGCAGUCAGAGCAGGAGCUUCAGCAGUGCGCAAGAGAAGGAAAGAGGAGAGUUUUGAAUUUGAUGACCCCUCUUCUCCUUCAUUACCCUCUCCUGACCUCUUGUCAGGACAGUGUAAAGAUGAAAAGGAUGCAGCUUAUGAGGGCCCCAGAAGACUGCAAACCUGUUCAGUAAUUCAACAUACUAGUUCAUUUGAAAAACAAGAAUCUUUGUGCAAUGAGAAUCAAAGCACUGAGGCAACAAAAAACUCUCCACCUCAUGAAGAAUAUCAACUGGUGCCUCAGAAACAACCCCAACAACAGUCGACAAUACCAACAACCCGAAAGCUGGUCCGCCAACACAAUGUGCUGGUUCCAGAAAUACUGGUCACAGAGGAUUCCAACAUGAGCACAGAGACCUCGAUAGAGCCAACCUCCACAGCAAAACAUUCUGAGAAACCUGAUGAAUUUCAGUGGCCACAGAGAAGCACCUCUCUGGCCCAGCUCCCUAUUGAAAAGCUCCCUCCAAAGAAGAAGCGCUUACGUCUAGCCGAGGUUGCCCAGUCCUCCGGGGAAUCCAGUUUUGACUCUAUAUCCCUGCCCCACAGCCCUAGUCAGGACAGUAGUGCAUCUUAUGCAUCCAGUCGUUCCACAUCCUUUGAAGAGUCAAAUAGACCAGACAUGGAAAUAGCAACAUCGGCACCACUGAGAAGAUCAAGAGCUCCUCACAUGUUGACAGUGCCUGGGGUCCAUCAGCACAGAGAGAUGAGGCGCUCAGCAUCUGAGCAGGCGCCUCAUGACCCACAACCAACUGUCCUAAUGGCUGAGACCCGCAGUAAGUCUUUUGACUACAGUUGUCUGUCCCCUGAGCGCUCUGCAGUUGGCUGGAGGGAAAGAAGAAAAUGUCUCCUUAUGAGACACACUGCUAUCAGAGAUCCAGAUGAGGAGGAGGAGGAGCAGUGUACCAUACCGGGCCGUAAUCCUGAACACGUCAGCCCUAGCACAUCUUCUCAAGCAAGCCCAACGUCUGUGUAUUGCAGUAGAUCCCCUACUUCUCCUUUAUCAGGUGACACAGUCUUGCAUAAUCCAGUAAAAUUACAAUGCAAAGAGAUCUUUUCUCAGUGGAAACUCAGUCAAAAUAUUCAGUUGACAGGCAGCACAGAACUCUCCCUUACUCACUGCCCAUCUGUAGAUCCUGUAAAAGAAGAGGUCUCACACAUCCAUACAGGGCAGCCCCCUCCUCAAGCACCACAGUCCUAUCCUACACAUGGACCAUCAGGGGCAGCCAGAGCUCGCUACCUCCCCAUGUCUACAGGGCUAAAGCUAGAGAUUCCCUUACUACAUGAUGAUUAUUCAGAGGUUCGGGUAAGUCACUCCCACAUCCAGCACUCUGUCCCUCACAUCACUUCCAGUCUGGAAUUACUGAGGCCAGUCACAUCUCCAGCAGUAGCAGUGCGUCUCCAAACAGACACCCUCACCCUAGCAUGUGCCAUAUACACCACAUUGUCUCAGUCUGCCUCCUCCAGGCCCCAGGAGAAGGUUGAUGCCGUUUCACACAAUAUAGGUGUCCCAACAGCUGAAUACAGAAACCAUAGGAACAUAAAUCCAGACCUUCAAUUGUGGUCUGACGAUGGUCUGCGGAUAUCAGGCUCAGGGGGCAACAAGCGCAUGCUUUCCCCUUCAAACAGUAUAGAGAUCCCCCCUGAGUCACAGCAGCAACAGAAACGAGUAAAAGAAGAAGAGGAGAGGGAGAUGGGAUGUGUUGACAAGGCAUUGGUGGACACAUGCAAUCAGGAAAUCAAAGGGGAGAAUCAAUCAUGUCUACCCAGUGUUUGUUCUCCCAUCACACAUGUUGGACCAUCAUUUCCAAGUCUGCUGUCCAGCACCUGUAAUAGCUGGUGCUAUUUGAACUACAUUAAACCAAACCCUUCUACUUUGGAUGAACAGAAGCCCUCAGUGUAUUCAUCGUGGUCCACUAGCGGCUAUGACCCCAACCCACCUGGCCUUUCCAGCAAGACAGCUCUGUCUCUGCUGCACUGUAAGCAGAGGCUCAGUCCCUCCAUCUACACUAUAUCCCCCAUGUCAGUCAGGACAACUGAAUCAAUGGAGCAAGAGGACAACAAAAGACCAUGCUCCGCUGAGGUCUACAACAGCCAGUCGUACUGCAGAGACCAUGAGGGAACAAGGAAUGGAGAGGAGUCAGCAGAUGACGACAGGUCAAACAGAAAAGAGGAGAGGAAGGAAGAGAAGAAGGAGGAGGAGGAAGUACAGUCAUGCUCCAGAAAUAAACAACCUCCUGAAGUUUGGAUCUCUGAGAGAGGAUCAAAUGAGAAGUAUGCUAUCAUGGAUGGUGGAGGUGGAAGGAAGUGCCAAAGUGAGGACUGUGAUUUCCACCUUAAAAAUACCAGUGUGCUGCAAAAGUGCAGCAACCGCAUCACAGAAUCCCCACCAUAUAACGGCAAACACUGUAACGUUUCUUUCAAAGUCAAAGGAAGCCUCACUGAACACGUGAGAUCCAUGUCACAUGGAAAAGAAACCUGUUGUUAUCCGGAUGGCAUAGAUGAAGGAGUCUGCGAAGAACAUUCAGCUGACCCAGAUAAACAAAGAGAUCAUCAGUACUCUGAUCAGGGGAAAAGUGGACAUGAUGAGGAAGAUAAUGCAGAGGACAAGGAUGGCAGACGUGAUGAAGACAACAGGUCCAAGGCAGCUGAAAGCUCUCACACUGCCUCCUCUGAUAGUGAGAAACUUCAUCCAGGAGGCCAGCCGAUGGAGCCUGAACCCAGCCAAUCCGUCCCGCUUCCCCACAAAGAUUCUACCCAGAAGAGCUCGGCCAGCGCCAGGAGGGCCCUGUUCGCCCGCAGACGCCUUGACGCUUCAGCAUCGGCGUCCUCCGGAGGCUCCCGUUCUCCGAGUACUGAGUCCCUGAUUCCGCGGAGGGAGCCGUCUCCACCGCCACCCAGGCCUUGCCAGUCCCCUGCUCCCCCUUCCUCCCUCUCCCCAUCCAGUUGUCAUGUCACCACCUCCGCUCUGAGACCAGUCUCCCCUGUUACGGGUCUUUCUGGUAUAACAGUCCACUCCCAUGGAUCGGAGUCCUCUGGGCCUCCAUGCUCCCUGGCAGACACAUCUGCUCAGUGUCAAGCCUGUAUUCACCCAGGAGACCGACCGGCUACAGCAAGACUGUCUGUGGACGAGGUUGGUCUGACCCACGUCACCCCACAUCCCAUGCGGCCCCGGGGAGCCCACAACCUCCUGAGUCACCUCCCUCUGCACUCCCAGCAGCCGAGCAGGGCCCCAAGCCUGCUGAUUCCCAUCGGGGGAAUACACAUGAUUCAGCCCAGGUCCCUCCUCCCUCUGUACAGCCUGGUGAGCAGCCCCGCAGCAGCCACAGCUAACCCCGCAGGGACAGGGACAACUUGGAGACUAAGUGACGCUCCGAAGGGGAGGUUUUCUCUGCUGCAGCGCCAGGAUACUCUCAGAGAGACGUCGGCCAGCAGCCGAGCCAGCCCGCCGGACCCCGAGGCAUCAGGGGGAAAGUCCGGGAGCAGCCAAUCAGACGCUCUAUUACACAGAAAGAGUCGAGGGUGCUUCGGCGUCCAACAUCCGUCGAGUCCCGGGACAGAGACGAGGCAUCUGGAGGUAAACACAGACGCACAUGUUACAGAGAGGUGUGUUUACCCCGAGGCCACCCAAGGCCAAAAAAUGGCUCCUUCCUCCCAGACACAACUCUGAUAGGAGGGAGAGUCUGAAGGGACAGACUGAAAGUCUAAAAACCAGAGUCUGUUGUAAAAACACAGCACUGGUUUAGAGACCAAGGACAAAAGGCAAGAGCACUUCAGCACCGCUUCUGAAUGACGCUACUAUGUAAUUAUAUGAAUAAUAUAUAUAGACACUAUGUUAGAUAUGCAGUAUGUUUUGUAAAUCUUUUUUUACCCUCUUGUUUGAUGUCAUCGGUGUUAAUUUAUUUAUGUGCUAUUAUGCAAAUUCUGUACUAUAUGCAAAAGCAGCUGGAAUGAAAAUAGACAACGUUUUAAUCAGUUUCCCUAUUAACCCCUUUGACAGCUCUAAUAUACUAUUGCUGUGUUAAUGUACUGUAUUACCAAAAUGGAUAUAGGAAGGUACUACAAAUAUUUAUUCACCCCGACCAGUAUUUUGAAGUGCAAUUUUAUGUCAAGAUUGUGGUUUGAAAUGUCAUUCUGAAAGGCUGUGAUGAUUAUUAUUAUUAUUUGUCCGUUUUUUUGUUGUUGUCGUCUUUGUUUGUGUUCAAAGAAGCAGGGUUACGAUCACCUCCUUUUCUAAUGUCUUAAGGAAAAAAAAGUUUCAGAUCAAGACAUUUGGAGUGCACUGACAAAUAAUUUGAUAUCCAGAGGAAACCUGUUUCACGAACAUGGUAGCUACGGUACCGUUUUUUUCAUAAACAGAUACAUGUAUUUUUGUGUUGUUGCUUUUAUAAAUGAAACAAUCACUCUGUCAUUUUCAUGUUUGCCAUUAAACUUCUCAUUUUUACAGAUUUAUAUUAAAA